UAUCAGUUCUUAUCUGAAUUCAAACAGGUUCCAUCUUAAUUGUGAAGUGAAUAAACAUAUUCUUCGUUAAUUUAUCUACAAUAUUUAUACGCUUGUGGAAUAGAAAUCGAAAGAAAAUUUAAUUAGUUAUCGACUCAACUGAAAUUGCGUAUACAAGAUUUCAAAAUCUCGCAAACAGUGUAUAUCGACAGUUCGAAUAACCGGCAAUUUCAGGGUAGCAGUGUAGUGUUUGAUAUGAUUAGGUUAGAAUAGCUAUUUUCCUAAUUAAAAAUAUUCGUCGUAAAUCUGAAUGUCAUGUGAUUAUUACGAGACUUUUCGAUAUUAACAGUGGUUAAUAUUUGAACGGACGUUUAUUGAACUGAGAUCAAUUUUCCGUGGCGAUAAAGUCUAUGUGGAUGGUUGUCAAAAUAUCAACCAACUUUACUGUCAAACGAUUUUUAUACGACUUUGAUAGAAGAAAAAAAACGUGACACAUAAUUUGGAUUGUACUAACAUCGACGAGAUAUUUCAUGUAUUGAAAAUGGCUGCAAGUGAACCAAGUGUGUCAUUACCAUCUAGAGAAGAUAAUAAUUGGAGAAAAGACGUAAUUUUACAAUUACAAGAUAGGAAUAGGAGGCAAACAUAUUGUUUUACGGAUCUUAUUAGUUUACAUAACAGAUUGUUUGAAAGUACAAAUACUUUACGUGGAGAAAAUAUACAACUUACAAUAACAAAUGAAACUCUCCGUCGUGAGGCUGUUAGUGGAACUCUUGGAUUAAAUGUGAAUUCUGAUCUUGAAGCUCGUCUCUUAAAGCAGGCAGAAGAAUUAGCAACGCUACACAAAAGAAAGGGAGAACAUACGCAACAAAUAGUAGAUCUUAAUAAUAAAUUACAAGAAGUGACCAAGGAGCUUCAAGCUAAAGAAACAAGUCUUGCUGAAAGCCUGGAACUCAACGCCAAUUUACGUCUAGAGAUGUCCAAAUGUGUGAGCAGAGAGAGAGAAUUAGAAAGUGUCAAUCAAAUGUUAAAAGACGAGCAUCAAGCUUUGCAACUCGCUUUUGCAUCUUUAGAAGAGAAACUCAGGAAAGCACAGGAAGAAAAUCGUCUGUUAGUUGAACGCUUAAUCAAGUACAAAACUAGAGAUGCUGAGAAAGUAAAUGAAGAAAACGACAACUUUUUAAAUGAGAGUUUUUCCAGUCCGACAGCCUUUUUGAUGCAUACCAUAUCAAAGUUUGGAAAAAGACAAGCAAAGGUGCAAAGGGAACUUGAGGACGCAGCACGUGACACGCGACCAGUUAGUCCGGAUAGGUCAAGCUUAAAAGAAGGCAUUGCUGGUCUUCCUACUGCGGUACCAACGAAAGUGUCCGUCACGUUUACUGCACACGACGGAGAAGUUUUCGCCGUAAAAUGGUCUCCCGCCGAGAGGAUCCUCGCUACCGGCGGAGCCGACAGGAAAGUGAAGCUCUGGAAUAUCUCGAAAGGUGCCUCGGAAAGCAAAGGUAUUCUCGUUGGCAGUAAUGCAGGAGUGAUGUGCGUCGAUUUUGAUUCCACGGGGACGCUGAUCCUUGGAGCAUCGAACGACUACGCCAGCCGGGUGUGGACUGUCAACGACUUUCGACUAAAGCACACGCUAACGGGCCACUGCGGCAAGGUGAUGGCGGCGAAGUUUCUUGGCGAGCCUUCAAAAGUAGUUACUGGCAGUUACGAUCGUACCCUAAAAAUUUGGGACCUGCGUAGCAAAGCAUGUAUAGAAACGAAGUUUGCGGGCUCGAGUUGCAACGACCUUGUAACUUCCGAUGGAGCAGGCUCUACGAUAAUUAGUGGCCAUUUUGAUCAGAGAAUUCGAUUUUGGGACACCAGGGCAGAGUCCAGCUCAAAUGAUAUUCUGUUGGAAGGGAAAGUCACGUCACUGGAUUUAUCUCGUGGUGCGAAUUAUCUUUUAAGCUGUGUCAGGGACGAUACGUUGAAACUAAUCGAUCUCCGAAUGAAAAAAAUCAUCGGAUCAUUCAGCGCCGACGGGUUUAAAGUUGGCUUCGAUUGGACGCGGGCGACUUUCAGUCCUGACGGUCAAUACAUAGCCGUCGGCUCUGCGGAUGGAUCGGUUUUCAUUUGGUCCGUCGCAACAAAUACAAUUGAAUCCGUAUUGAAAAACCAUUCAGCCGUGGUGACAGCAGUUUCCUGGCAUCCUCACGGUACCUACCUUGCAUCGGUGGACAGGGCAAAAAUGGUAACAGUCUGGGGCGACCAUGUUUAACAAAACGUUUGACUCUGAGAUUAAUUAUUUCACCUACUGGAACCUAUGAUCAGUGCCAGAAUUGUUCUCUUCUGCCGUUCGUAGAAUUAAAAAAGCAAGUUCAGAUUAUACGAGUGCUGCUAGAGGUGUACCUACGUGCCGCGUGCGUAAACAAAGGAUACACCGAUGCAGGAUUAUAAAAAUCGGUGGGCGGUCCAGGCGCUUAGCCCAUAAAGGGAUACUAUGGCAUUUCGAAAUUCUACAAAGCGAAGAUGGCCGAAUGAAUAAAUUCACAACCGCGGUAGAGAUUAUUGUACAUAAAACUGAGCUGACUGUUGCCGGAAGGUUGUAAAGAUUUCCUUUUUUAGGGUAAUGCUUACCUGCGCGCCGCGACCGCCUCCCGUCGCUCCAGAAAUUCAACGGAUUAUCGUCGUUAUCAUUUUCAGAUUCGCUAGAUUCAACCGUUUUACUUUUAAGAGACUAUUUUCGCGUUCCAAUCGUCUCUGUCGGCAGCCGUGAUUGCUCGCGUUGGAUUGCUUUGCGGGAACUGUAAAAACACGGGGUUCUUUACGAGUCACCUUCGCCCCGGCCACGUUCAUUUCUAAAAGUGUUAGUCGACUUUUGAACUUUUGUACAUUACGCACUCGAAAAUAUAAGAAUAUGUAUAUUCUCGUAUAUGUCCUAUAAAUGGGAACGU